CCUCUUACUGAAACACUCAAUGUUCUCUACUCACUUAACACAAGCAUCCCUGGCUGAAGUACCAGUUUUUUGGCUGGAAGCAUCUGCCCUGGUCCACUCAUGAUGAUCGGCCAGCGUGCACGCCACUUCUGAAUCCGCUGUGGAAAAGUGGAUAUGCAUCAGUUUAGGGAGUGAAAUAGAGUUUUUUCUGCCUGAACGUUCAUCAUGGGAAACAUCUUUAAAAGCCUAGACACUGAGAAUCAGGCUGGGACUGAUCAUUCUGAUGCCUUAAUAAAAGCCAAAGAUUAUGACAGCCUGAUAGUCCUUUCCGAUUACCCAUGCCAUGAUAUUAGUGAGCCGAUCUUUAGGAUGGGAGAAAGAUUAAAGGGUCUGUCUCAGGAAGGCUGCUGGUGGAGGGUACUCUCCUUGCAAACAGGAAAUGAGAACUAUAUACCAAUUAACCAUGUGGCAAAAGUGUACCAUGGAUGGCUAUUUGAGGGAGUGGCGAGGGCAAAAGCAGAGGAGCUGCUGCUUUUACCUGGCAACACAGUUGGUUCUUUUCUCAUCAGAGAGAGUCCAAGUCAACGAGGUAUGUACUCUUUGUCUGUGAGACACAGAACCAUUAAGCACUAUAAGAUCUUCCGCCUGGCCAACAGCUGGUUCUACAUCUCUCCUGGCCUCACCUUCCAAUGUCUAGAGGACAUGGUCAGCCACUACUCAGACUGUUCAGAUGGCAUCUGCUGUGUUCUUUCAGCCCCAUGUCUGGCUCUUUCCUCUGCGCCAAGCUCAAUCUCACAAGCACCCCCUGUGGUGAUGCGCCAUAAAUUUGACUGGAAGAAAGUAGAUCAGUCCCAGUUGUUGGACCCGGCUGAUCAGAACAGACACAACAUGGUGAGCUAUGGAGUGAGGAACAGUAUUGCUGCCUAUCUCUCAGUAGCAGGAACUGCAGUACAAGAGAGCCCACGCAGCAAGAAGUGCAAGUCCGUCUACGUGAUGGCCAGUCAGUCCAAUAAUAUGACCACAGAUGAUAAUGAAUAGUACACAGGCAGAAGCAUUACAUGUGAAUUACAAACAUUGUGCACAUUUGAACAUUUGGGCUGAGCACUGUUGUUUUGUGUUAACACUGUAACUAGCAAUAUUUGGAGGUAGAAGCACUAUAUAUAUAUCCUCUGCAGGCCGUGGUUUAAAAAUGCCACCAAUGCCACCAUACAUUCACCACCUCAUUAUAGGUGCAAGUUGCUUUGGCUGAUAAGCCACACGCGCGCGCACACACAUACACGCAUGCACGCUCAAAUGCAAUGCCUUUUACACACUUCUUAGUGGCACUUUAUUUAAGGCUUUAUUUUAAAUAUUAUUUGCCUCUACAAACGGAUCUUUAAGCGAAUUUUUAAACAUGAUUUUCUAUGCUGUAAGAAGAAAGCGUUUAUGGAGGACGGAAGUGAAUAAACGGCCCACGCCUCCGCCACGCAAUCAGCUGUCCGCUAAAUGCUAAGGCAGCAUGCACAUGCUCUUCAGCAGGUCUCAGCUCAUUGUUCCGCUCCGCUGUUUCGGCGGAGUGUGAAACAUCUUAAAUGUUUCACCGAAAGGAGUGUUGAUUUUCUGCUACCUUCUGAGAUAUCAGUUCGUAGAAGCAUAACCUGGUAUAUGAAAUUCUGCUGUUUGCAGCAUUUCGGAAUUUAUUUUCGGUCACUAAAUUAUUUUUGCUUUCUUUGUGUUUACAAGUUCAAGUUCAAGUUCAAGUUUGGUUUAUUCGUCACAUACAUAGUCAUACACAGUAUAACUCGCAGUGAAAUGGUGGAGAGUGCUCUGUCCAAACUGAGGAAAAGAAAAUGGGUGCAUAUUACAGAUGAUAACUGUGGCUGAUAUAUAUUAUAACUGAUAUGCAGGGUUGUGUAGUAACGGCUUGCAAAAAUGCGGCAAUGAAAUAAUAAUAAUAA